AUGGCGACUGAAUAUCCAAUCUCUUAUUUAAGCUGGAACGACAGCGCGCCCGCUUCCAUUAUUCUCAUCCACGGCGCUCUGGUGACUGGCAGUUGGUGGGACCUCGUCGUUCCUUAUCUCUCAACCAAAUAUCACGUUUUGGCCCCCGACCUGCCGGGCCACGGCCAAUCGUCCCAACAAGAAUUCUCAGUUCAGUCUGCCGCAGAUUUGCUGGCACAACUUAUUCGCGACAAGGCGAUUGACUCGCACGCACACGUUAUAGGACACAGUCUAGGCGCUCGAGUAGCCAUCCAGCUCGCAUGUACCUAUCCCGACCUGGUGCAAUCAGUAUUUGUAUCGGGAUUCAUGUCAAUUCCUCGCACCGUCUUCACACCUUACAUUCCCCGUGCGGUAUGGGUAAUGCAGCAUGUCGAAAACCUGAUACCGAGGUCGGUGAUUCGAUGGGCUAUGAACGGUACCGAUAUUCCUCAUAACACAAGUGCAACCACGCUCAAGCUUUGCCAGCAAAUUGCGGCACCUUCACCUGAAUUGCAAUGGCCGUCACCUUGGGCUGCUAGGACCUUGAUUGUGGUUGCUGCAAAAGGGGGGCUAGUACCCAGUGGCGAUAGCAAGGAGGUUGGCCUUCGGUUAAUGAAGACUGGCCGCGAGGGCAAUCCUGAGACGAUUGCUUACUUCCAUUCGGAGAUGCGACAUCCGUGGAAUCGGCAAAAUCCGAAGCUCUUUGCGGAUACUGCCAAGGCUUGGAUUGAAGGGGAAGAUAUACCCGAUGGGUUUGAAAAGCUUGUGCAUGAAUAA